UUUUCUGUAAUCAUCCAUCGAAAUAAAAUAAUUUUAUAAUCAAUUUUUUAAACUUUAAAUGAAAAAUAUAAACAGCAAUAAAGAACAAAUUGGUUUUUCUUUUUUUGAAAUAAGGCACGAAUUAGUCAGAAAGCUGUUUACAACACUUGCUUGAAUAAUAAUGCCUUAUUCACCUAUGGUAUUAAUGGACGAAUAGCAUUUAUGAAAAGAUUUUUUUAUUUUAAGCUUGUUACAGUUUAUUUCAUUGUCCCAAAGUUAUUGAAACGUCUCAUAUUGUAAUUUUUUCAGUCUUUUAGAUUACCUCUUUUUAAGUGAUGUUGUCGAUAGGCCACAUAGGUUUUUUAGAGUUUAUUCAUUAAAGUAGGUGUUUUAUUUUUAGCUAUUGAACAUAAAAUAAUUGGUUGUUUUUAUACAGUAUUAAAGUAAACACUGUACUAUACAGAUUGUUCUCUUUUUAUUUAUAUAAUAGAUUUUUAUACGUAACUUAAGAAAAUAAUCACUGAAUUAGUCUAAAAUGUCGCUGUAGCAAGUCGGAUCCCUUCAUUGAAGAUAUAAAAUUUUUAGGAGGUUUGGUUAGGUGAUAUAGUAGUUGGAGUUUUCUGAAAUGUGUGACAUGGAGCGUUGUCUUGCUGGUAAUACCAAAUUUUGCGUCUUUCAAAAACUUUUUUUUAGAAAGAAUCAUAUAAUUCUCCAUAAUUUGAAUGUAUUUGUCACUAUUUACUGUUCCUUGUACAAAAUGCAAUUCUCCAGUUCCUUUUCCUGACAAGUAGCUCCAAAUUAUUAUAGAACCACCGUCAUUCUGCACUUUUGCAGCAAGAUAAUUGCUAUUAUAUUUCUCACAACUCAUGCGUCUCACUCAAUUUGGUCGAUUAGAGACGAGUUGGAACGAUUACGUUUUCUAAAUAAAUUAGUUGAAAUAACAUAAAAUAUACUUUUAAAUUAUUUUUAUUCAGUAAGUAAUCGAACGGUUUAUGAUAAAAAAAUCACUCUGCAUAUACAUGUUUAUUGUAAAAUUAUAAAUAUUAUAAUGAUUAAAAUUAAAACAAAAUUGUAUGUAUUUUACACCAAAAUACUAUUUUUUCAUUUAUCAUCGUUUUUCGUAUUGUUAUUAUAUUUUUAAAAUUUUGAUUUAUUUUAUUUUGUCUAUAUUUUAGGUCAAAUGAUAUAGAAUUAUAGAAGGGUGGGGGUAAGUUCCACAUUUUAACUCCCUUUUACAAAAAAUUAUAAAAACGAUUUAUGUGUUAGCUUUUGUUGUCAAUCCAAUAAGUAUGUGACGUAAUAAAAUGAUCAUGAGUAUAAGGUCACAGGUAACUGUAUUCAAACAGUACGCGUCGUACAUCUACAGGGUGUUCACAUAUACAAAUACACUGAGCAUAUCUUGGCAAACAAAAGCGGAAUUAGUUAGUUGCAUUAUCAUACUAUUUUUAGUAAUUUUUUGGUGUCGCAUCAAAUGGAAUCGUAGGUUUAUUGAUAGAUUUGCGGCUAAGUUACCAGGACCUCCAUCAUAUCCAUUAGUUGGUUCAGCACUAGAAUUAACGGGAACAACACAAGAUGUUAUGGAAAAAAUAAUUCAGUUAUACGAACAGUACGGCCCGAAACCAUUUAAAAUCUGGUUGGGUUCUACACUUGCAUUAAAUGUAAUAGAGCCAGAAGAUAUACAAGUACGUUAUGAUGUUUUCAAAAUUAAAAUUAUAUUAAAUCAUUCUAAAGCUCUCGGAAAAGAUAAAAUAGUCGAUAUUUUGAAUGAUGCUCUUGGAGAAGGAUUACUUACUGUUCCUGUUUCUAAAUGGAAAACACAUCGACGGAUUAUCUCUCCUUAUUUUAAUACUUCUCAGAUACAUACUCUUUUGCCAAUUUUCAAUGAAAAAUGUGCAGCUUUCAUAAUAAAACUUCAAAAGGAACUGCGAAAUUCUGAGUCCUUUAAUAUUUGGGAUUAUGUUCAUUCUACUUUUGUUGAUACAAUAAGUGAAUCAGUACUGGGAUAUGAAGGUGCACAAGCUAACGACAAAUCUGAGUUCAAUGAUUCAAUGAAAAAAAUUUCAGAGAAAGUUAUUGGAAGACUUAUUAAGCCAUGGUUGUAUUUUGAUUUUAUUUUUAAUAUUUAUAAAAAAAUUACAGGCUUGGACCAAAUGUAUGAAAAUUUAUUUAAAUUUCCCAACAAAAUAAUUAAAGAAAAAAAAAGACAAUAUGCCCAAAAGAAGAAAGACAGUUCUUUAAACUUAUACAGAAAUAAAAACGAGCAAAGAAAAAUAUUUUUGGAUGUAUUAUUGGAGUUAAAUGAUAAAGGAGCAAAUUUUUCAAACAAAUAUUUAAGAAAUGAAAUUUUAACUAUGAUGAUUGCAGGCAGUGAGACUAGUUCUAUAACCAAUUGUUUCUGUAUUUUAAUGUUAGCAAUCCAUCAAGACAUUCAGGACAAAGUUUAUAAUGAAAUCUACCAAGUAAUGGGAGAAAGUGAUCGAAAAGUAACAAUUGAAGAUACGAUUAAGUUUGUAUAUCUGGAACAAUGUAUCAAGGAAACUCUUCGAUUGUACCCCGUAGUACCACUCUUACUGAGAUAUAUUCAAGACGAUGUCAAAAUAAGUAACUACACAAUUCCAAAAGGCACAACUAUAAUUAUACCACCAAUAGCCACCCAUCAUUUACCAGAAUUAUAUACAAAUCCCUGGGAGUACAACCCAGAUAAUUUUGAUCCAGAAAAUGUUGCAAAACGACACAAGUAUACUUUUAUUGCAUUUAGUGGUGGACCUAGGAACUGCAUAGGAGAAAAGUAUGCAAUGCUAUCAACAAAAGUUCUGCUAUCAACAUUUUUACGUAACUUUAGUGUACAUACUAAAUGCAAAAUGUCUGAUAUAAAGUUAAAAAUCGAGUUUACGAUGAAUAGCGUUCAUGGAUAUCAAGUAAUGAUACGCCUAAGAGACAGAAAACCAACUUACAAAGUAAAAUUAAAUUAGAAAAAUGUUUAACUUAAUUAUAUAAUACACAAUUAUUAUCUUAUUCAGUUUUUUAAAGACACUAUACGUAUUUAAUUUUUUGUGUAUGUAUUAUCAAUGAACGGUUCGAUGCCAGUUCUUCAUUCAUAAACUUUUGUGUUGACUACCGUUAAGUGAUCAGCACACGUUCAUACCUCACCAUUAGUUGUCACGCCAUAAUAACGAGAAUACUAUCAAGCGUUGACAACAGCGUACAUUCAAUUUUGUUUCCCCGCAAAUAAGAUAAAUAAAAAAAUAAUACCCUUACACAAGUUUCAAUCACCCUCUAACGCAUUUCAUAAAACGACCACAUAAAAAAUUCUUUCACAUUGACCAACAAAAAAUAUUUCAAGAAUCUUACCCGAGAUCGCUAAAUCAGUUUCUCGGGCUAUAAAAAGCCUUUUAUAGCCUUUUAUAUUUUUCGCCAAAAGAAGGAACAACGCUCCUCUCUCUCUCUCUGCUACAAGCACGACUACGCGUCUCUCUGGAGUUCUCGAUCAUCUGCGCGAGUAUAUAGUUCGCUCUUGAUUACAAUUCUAUAUCAAAUCUACACCAUUUUACAUUACAUUUCUAAUCGUUGGGAACUUAAAGGAAAUAUUAUACAUCUUAUUUUCGGUCGAACACUGUUGAUGAUACAAUACAUAAAAAAAUAUUUGUAUUUAUUUAUUUUUAUAUAUAUACACACUUCAAAAUAUAUAUGAUUAGAUUGCUCUGUGUUCUUUUACUUAUUGAAGCGCCACAACCUGGCUGGACAGAGUACUAGCACAAUAAUAUCUCAGUGAAAGUUUUAACUAAUUACAAAACUUCUCCAAAGUAUCUCUCCACUUUUCGAUUAGCCAGUCUGAUUUCAGACACAAUCCGGACCAUCGGAGUGUAGGGCACUAAAAUAACUUAUUGUGCAUAAAUCUAUAGUACAGUCGCACCUAACCUAAGUCAUCCUUCAAAUUAUUGAAAAGAAGUAGGCCACAUAUCAUAAGGGUCUUUACAUAAAGUUAAAGAUAUUAUUUGAGAUUUCAUGUUGGCAUAACCAGCCACGGAAUACGAAUAAAUCAGAGUCGAAAUAAUAUACUAAUUAUCUAAACAAUUAAGAAGUGUCUCUCCAGUUGUCGACAAGCCAAUCUGAUCUUAGCCUCGGUGUGGUCCAUCGGAGUGUAGGACAUUAAUAUAAUCUAUUGUGCAUAGAGCCGAAAUUGAGCUCUCAUCUAUCCUAGAUCA